AUGCCGCCCAUGACACGGCCCACGGCGCAUUCUGUGACCGGCCACACCAACGAUCAAUCCCUCUUGCCGCCUCAGUUCAAGGACAAUCGCUCUCACUCGGCUACCAGUCUGGUCUCCAAGACACUUCCCCCAGGCAGCUUCUCCACCGAACUGCGACCCACCGUCUCACGAGUUGAGAAUGCCCGCAUCGACUUCUCUACCUUCGAUGUUGAUCAAUCUGCGUCCGCCGUGACCACCGAACAACGUCUUGCCGAAUACCGCGACAAGAUCGAGAAGGAGACAAAGAUCAAAAUUGGCAGCGAGAAUCUGCUCGAGGCUCUCAACACAAAGAAUGCGAAACAAAGUCGCGACCAGCGCCGCCUGGUCGAGUCGGAGCUCAACACUUCGAAUCGCAAGAUUGCUCAACUGAAGCUACACCUUGAGGCUGAACUACAGCGCCAGAAGGAAUCUGCUGUCAGUCCUGCCAACCGUCUCUCCUUCGCUAUUCCACAAAGAUCUCCUUCCAACCUUACCCUGCUCCAAAAUGCCGAACCGGAUGACCUGGACCCGGAGUCCGAGUCGCCCACAUAUAUCCUGGCAGAGAUUCUACAGGCCCUCGAGAUUGAGGAUAUGAAGCCUGACUACUACGUGAGCCACGCAAAUGAGUUGGUGGGCCUGUUCAAACGGCAUCCUGCGCUGAAAUAUGAUUUGGCGUGGUCCAUUUUCGGUCUGCGUAUGCAGAUGAUGCUUCUCAGCGAUAGUCGCGAGGUUAUUGCUGCAGGUUAUCGCGUUUUGCGACAUGCCAUAACCGAUCGCAAAUCAUUACAAACCAUUCGAGCCCAUCACACAGACUUUCUCGUCAUCCUCUCGUUGGUCAAGGAAGCCAAGGCCAUGGUCGAGAGAGAGCAGGCAUUGAAACUCAUCCGCGCUUUCCUUGAUGUCAAAGACGGUGUCCACGAAGUCGCGCCGUCCGUCGUCCGAAUCAUAGUCGCUAUUGCCGAACACCCAGAGGAUCGCCUUCGUUCAAUAUCCAUCAUGACCUUGGCCGAGCUGCUCAUACGUAGUCCUGAUCUUGUCGUCGCUGCUGGCGGUAUCGGCACUCUGGCUGACGCCAUGGGCAACGGUGCCUACCAGGCUCCAGAAACACUAGCUUCGGUCUUUCUACAUCUGCUCGAUCUACCAGCGCGGAGAGGUCUCUUACGCUCUGGUUUCGAGCUCAGUCUUCCAUUCGCGGCUUUCACUGAAUCUCCGACCUCGAGCGCUCACGAGGAUCGCAUGAAAUCGAGUGCGAAAGUGGUAGCAGCGUUAUUCAAGAGCUGGGCCGGUAUUAUGACAAUAUCCUUGCAUGACUUCCUGCCAGCUCGCUCUGUGGUGUCUUCCUUGUUAAUCGACGCCGCGUCGGUGAGGUCAAUCGUACUUGAGCUUCUCUUUGACAUCCUUCGCAUCAAGCCCCCAUCUUGGUCUUCCUCUUUCUUAGCAGGCAGACGACUGACUACAUAUGGUCGCGUUACCAACCUCAAAGCGAAUGACCAUCACAAGCCUACCAGCAGCGACCCUGAAGAAGCCUCGAAGAGGAUGAGUUUGAUAGAACACUUUUCUGCAGUCGUUUUGACAAUCCUCUUACGAGUUGGUCUAUUACCAGCAUUGAUGCACGCUGAACGUGACGCACCAAAUCUUGCUCUCAAGCGAAAAACGACAUUACUGAUCGGUGAGGUGUUGAAGCUUGCGAACCAGCUACUGCCUAGUGAAUGGAGCGCUGAACUCCAAGUGCUACCAGAUCUGUUCCACCAAGCGACGGCGUUUGGUCAAGACGAACGAUCGCAGGCUGUAGCUACAGUAUAUCAAGUCGACAGUGUUAAUCGCACAUUAUAUCGAUCUGUGGGCGGAGGGCCGGGUGUCAAAUCUACACGUGCCGACGAAUUUGAGCCCAUCAAGUCUGCAGAGCAACCGAAGGUGCAGAUGAGCGCCAACAUGGAUGAAGCACAAUUCAGGGGACUACUCAUGGAGUGUCAAGUCUUGAAUACCGUCAACUACACCAAAUGGAGAUGGGAUCUGAUCCAACCCAUGAUUGAGGGACCCCUGACCAACUCACGGAGAUUAGACGAGGCGAUGAAGGCGACAAAAUUCGUCCAUCGUCUACUGGGUUUCCUUCGACCAUUUAAAUACAGAUUCUCAGACGCAAAGAACACGAAGCCAAACCAACGUUAUGUCAGAACUGGGUGUUCGCUUGUCCGCACGCUACUCAUGACUCCAGAGGGCACAAAGUAUCUCGCUGACAACAAGAUGUUGCGACAGAUUGCAGAAUGUUUGGCUCAGUUCGACCGUAUGAGUGGGAUCACAUCUACAACGCCACUCUUCUCUCCGGACAGACUGGCAGACACACUGGUAGGUGGUUACUUCGCCAUUCUCGGUGUUCUUUGCAGCGACCAGAAAGGACUACAAAUGAUGGAACGAUGGAAGAUCAUCAACAUGUUCUAUCACAUCGUUGAGCUCAGAGGCAGAGACGAUCUGAUCAUGGCUUUACUCACGAAUCUGGACUAUACUCUAGACAGCCAUCCUCGCAUCAUUCUUUCGAAGGCCAUGAUCUCAGGGUCCAGAGACGUCCGCAUAGCCGCUACGAGGAUACUACGCAAGUACGCCAUCAGACCGCUAGAUGCUGGCCCAAAAUCAAGCGGCAGUGGAGAAUGCGCUGCGUGGGCGAUCCGCUUGUUGGUGACACAACUCUACGACCCUGAGAUCGAGGUCUGCGAAAUUGCCAUCAAAAUCCUCGAGGAGGCUUGCAACGAUAACAACUCACUUGAGUACGUUGUAAAAUGCCGACCAGCACUGGACCACCUCGGCGAAAUCGGUGCACCUCUUCUGCUCCGCUUCUUGUCUACUUCGGUUGGUUAUCACUAUCUUGAUGGUCUCGAUUACAUCACGAAAGAGAUGGACGACUGGUUCCUCGGCCGCAAUGACACCUACGUGACUCUGGUCGAGGCCUCGCUCGCGCGCGCUCUAGCCGACAUACCCGAGAAAGCAGUCUCGAUGUUCGAAGAAACGCCCGUGCCACAAGACUUCGGCCUUGUCCCUCCACACUUCUAUCGCGAACUCACACGCACCGCAGAAGGCUGCGAGCUGCUAAAAACAAAGGGUCAUUUUGAAGAAUUCGUAGCUACGAUACAGGAUUUCGGUAUGGAAGAGGAAGAUGCAGAGACGAUCAUCAAAAUCAAGGGUUGUCUUUGGGCGGUGGGCAAUGUAGGAUCCAUGGAGUUGGGAGCACCAUUCCUGGAGCAAUCGUAUGUCACACAGCACAUCAUCGAGAUCGCAGAGAAGUCUGAGGUGUUGACUUUGCGAGGAACUGCUUUCUUUGUGCUAGGUCUGAUUUCUAGAUCUUUGCAUGGUCAGGAGAUCCUAGCAAGUCAUCAUUGGAAUGGCACGGUCAAUAUGUUGGGGGAAAGUUUGGGGUAUUGUCUACCCCUUGACUUUACCAAACUCUUCAACAUUCGACAAUGGGGACCCACACACCCAUCCCCAUCGACCCUGACCUCUCCCUCGGGCCACCUACACACUUCCCCUUCCCUCACCAAACCUCCUACCACCACUCUCCUUCCCACUACUACCUCACCACAAACGACCGAAAUCCUCAAAGCAGUAAUCAAACUCGGCAACACUGUUCUCUCCAACAAAGCCGCCGCAGAUCUCAAUCUUCUGAAACAGAAGAAAGCUGCAGGUCUACGCAGUCCAGUGGUCUUUAAGCAAGUUUUGGAGGUGUUGAGUGGACACAAAUACAAAUUGCCGGCGUGCAGAUUUGUGUUUGAUCUUUUUGAUCGGGGAGUGUUGAGGAGGUUGGUGCUUGAUGAGGAUGAGAGCGACGAAGAGGUUGAAGAAAGUAGUGACGAAGGGGAGGGAGCGGGCAUGGGAGGAGGGUUCCAGGGGGCUUUUGGGGGCGGUGCGGUGGUGGCUGCUUGA